GAGACAGAGAGACAGAGAGAUAGAGAGAGAGGGAGGGAGAGAACAAGGGGAGGUUUCAGACUUUUAUUAUCGCUCAUUUGGACCGAAGCGUUUUUAAUACCGGCCAUGUCGGAGAGUAUUGUGAGGAAGGUCCAGUCCUUCACUAUUGGGACCAGGCUCUCAGUCCCUGCGGUGCCAAAAUGCACAGGUUUCACACAGGGCUACCUGCAGAACCAGACUUUGGAUAACUGCUCGCGCCAACACAACUUGAACGAGCGUGUGACCCUCUACCUCAGCCGGUCCCAGGUGCGAGCGGGCGCCUCCCUGCUCCCGCUGGCACGCAGGGACCCCCCAGCCAGGCAGCAGGAGGACAUGGCAGCCGAGGACCACCUGAACAGAAACGCUGUUUCUCCCAACACUGUCUCCAGAUCCAUCCGGAAGAUCACCAUCUCUGGGAGCAAGGAGGACAGAGCGAGCAAAGCCGCUGUGGGACAUCAUCGACCCGCCAUCGCGGCAUCUCCCAAAACGGAGAACAUAAACAACAAUAAUAACAUCACAACCUCAAACUCCCAGCUGCCCAGGAUAGUUGGGGUGAGCUGUGAAAAUAAACCCAGUUCUCAAUUUAAGGUUUUGCUCAGGAAGACCAGCUGUGAUGAGAAGCAGGCCAGCCCAGUUCAGGAACACACCUCAGUACGAGGGAACAGAGAGGAAACUGUCCAACAGACUGCAGGGCCUGGAGCUCGCUCGCCCCAAAAAGACCAGCCGAGGAGAGAGAGUCCAUCGUCCACGCUCAGAGACGGCGCGACAGUCGCUGACUCCCAGAGUGACUGUUUCAUCCAUCGCACCUCCCUGUUCAGCAGAGAAGUCCUGCAGGCAGAAGCUUGGAUCAGAGCGAAGCUGCAGGACCUGAAGGAUGGGGGGACGCAGCACUGCCUCCUACAGGACAGGCAGGAGACGCUCCACAGGGACCUCAGGGACUUUGAGAACACCCAUAUCCAGCUCACCCAGACAGGACAACAGCUCACCUGCCAGCUGAACCCCUCUGCAGACCACAUCAGGAAGCAACUCAGCCAGCUCAAGGACCAAUGGCAGACCUUAAAACAAACAGCAGACAGUCAGUCCAGGGCAGUGGGCGGUGCCCGGAACCUGCAGGAGUUCAACAAGAAAGUGGACAAGCUGGAGGUCUGGAUAAAAGAAAAGCAGGAGGAGUCGUCCCUGGUGAGCCUGCUCGGAGGGAACAUGGACAAGAUGCAGCUGACCAGGAAAAUCAUGGACUUGAAGCAGGAUGAGCAGCUUUACAGGAGCCUGCAUGAGGAGGUCAACCACCUGGCCCUGCAGCUGGAGAAACAGGGGAAGGCCGAGGGCAGGAACAUCUCCGCCAGGAAAAAACACCUCAACAAGAUGUGGCUGAAGAUCCAGUCUAAUCUGAAGGACUUUCAUGAGCACCUCCAGCUGGCUCUGGAGGUCUCCUCCUUUUACCAGCAGGCAGACAACAUCCUGUUUGACAUCAACAACAUGAGGAAAAGCACUUCCAAAGCCCAGGAGACUAAUGGGGAUAGAGAGGUCCGUGAGAUAGCCAGCCACAUCAUGAUGCUGGACGUGAGCGCUUCUCAACUGUCCAACCUCCACCCUGUCCUGGUGGCUCAUGUGGCUCACAAGCAGACAGAGGUGAAGGAGAGUUGGGCGCUCCUCCAGAAGGCUAUCAGGAGCUCAACAUUCACCAGGGAAGACUCCGACCCCACGACCCCAGCCAGAGAACUGCAGUGCACCCUGGGAAUUGAGGCGCACAGGAUCCUGGGAAAAGAGGUGAAAGAGGAGCAGAAUUGUCUGAAAGGCUCUGUGGCUGGAGGAGGUGGAGGUGUCUGCGAGGGCAGCAGGAGAGACCUGAUCUGCCCAGAUGAGGACCAGAGGACGUCCUCUCUCCCUGGAGACGCCCCGGCAGGUGUCAUCACCAGACGUCCGUCAGACUGGGAGAGCAGGAAACAGAGAGGCGAGCCACGGGGUUCAGGGCGGGCGCGAGGCCACACACAGCUCCCCCACACACAGCUCCCCCACACACAGCUCCCCCACCAGCUCCACAAGUUCACCCUGUCUGCAGACAAGACCCUGUCCUGGCUGAAGGACAACGUUGCCAUGGCCAUGCAGGUGUGCUCCCUGGUGGGUGAGGAGGGUGUGGAGGCGGCCAGGAGGCGUCAGGACCUGCUGGAGCAGGAGAUCCUCUCCAACAGAGCUCGCAUCGAGGUGGUCAAGAAGGAGGGCCGGGGCCUGGUGCUGGCCCGACACCCUGGCAGCGCCAGGAUCCAGAGCUUCCUGGAGCAGCUGGAAGGGCUGUGGGACGAGCUGAGCAGGAGACACCAGAGGAACGCAGCCGUCCUGCUGGCCUCAGAGGAGCUGGGCUUCAGAGCUGUGAAGGUGCUGCAGACGCUGGGCAGCCUGGAGGCCUGGCUGGAGUCUGUGGAGCUGUCCAUGAGGGAGUCCUCCCUGGCCGGGGACCCCGAGACCAUGAGCGUGGCCGAGCGGGAGAGCCGUCUGCUGGAGAGGGAGGUGGCGGAGCGGGGCCUGGAGCUGGGAGCCCUCCGGAGGGAGGUGGACCGGCUGAGCGGCCAGAGACACCCCCACACAGAGCAGCUCCCAGCCCGCAUGGAGCAGCUGGAGGACAAGUACCAGCGUGUCCAGAGUGCGCUGACCCAGCAGAGCUCAGAGCUGCAGGACGCACGCAUGCUGACAGAGUUCCUGGAGCGGGUGGAGCUGGAGGAGAAGCAGGCGGGCAGGAGGAGUCCUGACAGCAGCUCAGAGCAGCCUCUCUCUGGAGAGCUCGUCUCCACGGCAGCCUUGCUGGGCCUGCAGCGGGCCGGGGGAGCGCCCCUGCUGCAGAGCAUGGGAGACCCUGUGGAGGAGCUGCGUGAGGCUGUGGAGAUGCUGAACCACACGGUGAGGGAGCGAGGCCGGACCCAGAGCCACAACCAGGCUGUCCUGGAGCUGCUCAGCAGGCACGCAGGCGUGGCGCUGCGUGUGCAGGAGCGUGUGGCCAGCAGCAGGGAGCUGGGCGAGGCCGUGCUGCAGCGUGAGGCGGACAUGGUGGUGAAGUGUGAACCAGAUCACUGUGGCCUGGAGGGACUGCAGGAGGAACAGCACCAGCAGGAGAUCGACUACAAGGCCAUCAAAGUUGAGGUGGAGGAGAUGGAGAGGCAGGGCUCUCGCCUGGAGGAGCUGUGCCCAGAGCGGGUUCACCUGCUGGGGACGGAGGUCCAGGCUACCCUGCAGGCCUGGGCGGAGCUGGGCCGGAACGUGAUGGAGAACAGAGGGCGACUGCGGCAGUUUGUUCAUCUGCAGGACUUCUUCAGGAACUACCUGGGGAUGAUAUCCUGGACAGAAGACACGCGCUCCUGCAUUUUCUCAGACAGCAUGUUGCAUCUUGGGAAGGACGGCCAGGAGCCUGUGGCUGCAGAGUUGGACCUGCAGAUCCAGCACAAGUUUGAGGAGUUUGAGGAGCUGGCCGCGGCGGGAAGGGACCUUCUGGAGGCCGAACACCACCUGGCUGAGACGAUCCGGGAGCGCGUGGAGGAGCUGAGGAGCAUGCUGGGAUGGAUCCUGGUCCACUGGAGGACUCAGAAGCAGCAGUGGGAAAGAAGGAGCAGGAAGGAGAAAGAGGAGGAGUCAGGAGACAACAUCUACUCUGAGACCACAGUCUGUUCUCCACUGAGACCGAACAAGGCACCUGAGGCAGACUGUUCACAGCUGGGUGUGGUGGGCGAGGACAGACAGAGGCCUUCAGACAGUCAUCCCUCUCUACUGACCUCCAGGAUGGAUGAGCAGCAGGAUGAGGAAGAGCUGGAUGAUGGUUAUGAGGUCAUGAACAGCAUCGGCCCCCGGUGUUCUGUGGUCACAACCCUGGAGAACCGCAGCUCCCCCGCCCUGGUGCUGAGGGACCCUGGCUCGCCCGCCCUGGUGCUGAGGGACCCUGGCUCCCCCGCCCUGGUGCUGAGGGACCCUGGCUCGCCCGCCCUGGUGCUGAGGGACCCUGGCUCGCCCGCCCUGGUGCUGAGGGACCCUGGCUCGCCCGCGCUGGGGGCCACGGUGAACCUCAUCCUCAGCUUCUCUAACCCUGACGGCCUCCAGCAUCCGGAAGCGUCUCUCAGCAGGGGGGAGGAGAGCCCUGAACCUCUACACAGGCCCUCUGCCCCUCUACCCUCUGCCUGUAAAAGCUUUUGGAGGCGUUGCCAGGGGCUUUUGGAAAAUACUUUUGGUAGUUUAAAGCGCAAGAAAAAGAUUUAUCGCCAGAGUGCGGAUGAGGUGAGUACCUACCUGCAUGUGAAGGACAACAACCUGGCUGUGUCUCCACUGUAUGAGAGCAUCACUCUGCCUCACCUUCACGGCAAGACCCACCUAGCAGCCUCCUGCUCCUCCUCCUCCCCACCCCCCUCCUCCUCCUCCUGCCCCCUGCCUCCCACCAGCAGCGUGUCCUUCCCCUCCCUGCCCCUAGGGGGCACCAGCAGCAUGUCCUUCCCCUCCCUGCCUCUAGGGGGCAGCAGCAGUGCCUCCCUCUUCAGCAGCCUGAAGAGGAGACGCAAGAAGAGGAAGAGGAAGAGAGAUGACCGACGACACACCAUCCAGAGGAUCAUGGGAGGGGAGGGUGCGGGGGAGGAUCUGGCCCGCGGGGGGGAGAGCGUCUCCUACGACACGCAAACAUGGCCGCUAAAGGAGGAGUGGAGGAGGAAGGCUGGGGCGAAGCCUCCAGGCUCUGGAGCAGAACUCCCAGACUACCUGAGGAACCGGCUGGCCUGUGACAUCGACGCGGAGGGUUCCGGAGAGUUCAGCAUCACCCCGUAUGCAAUGUCAGAGGGGACACCCGCCCCACCCCCACAGGUACGGAGCCACUGCAGGUUCCUGUCUCUGGGGUCUGUGUUGACCUUCGACCUCCCGAAAGACAUGAGCCUCAUCCCCAGCCUCCAGGAUGUCAUCACCAUCGGGCCCCCAGAGGCCAGGAGGGCGGAGGGGACGGCCUCACACCCGGACAGGCCUGCUGCUCUGAGCUCCUUCAAGCAGGGCAGGGCUCCUCCCUCAGUGAAAGCAAGCCAGCCUGAGGAGAGCUCGGCAGACUGUCACAACACACAGACACAGACAGUCCUACUGUUACCUGACGUGGAUGAAGCCCUCCCACCCCCUCCUCUACGGGGGGAAGAUCAGACUGUACAGCAUGAUGACCGAGCUGACGGCCGGCUCAGGUGCUCUGGGAUGGUCAGUCUCCACGAGGAGGCUGAACAGGGAUGGGCCAGGAAGGCCGCUGAGCGUGACCCCAGGAAACCCUCUCCACACACCUCUCAAGCUGAGAGGUCCGUUCCAGCGCACCAGCCUCCCGCUCCCUGCCCUGGCUCCCUCUCCCAGGGGGUCUGUAUCCUCUCCCUGUCCCAGGUCUCUGACCUCGCCAGCCCCCACAGCGCCCUGGCAGGGAGCCCCAGGGGCCAGUGCAUCCAGGCCUCCCUGGUGGUCAGCCUGACUUCCAGUAGCAGAGCUGCCGGCAGAGACGACUCUGUGGACUCUGGCGUGUCCAGCUCCGGAAGUGUCCCCCGCGCUGGCACUCCUGACGACCCCCCGCCCGGGGGUGUGGUGGGCAGGGUGGCAGCCCUGGAGGUGGGGGGUCUGGACUGCGGAAAACCUAGGAUGAACCCAGCCUCAGUCCCGGCCUCGGCCUCAGUAGAGGCUGACCCCAUCCACCCAGACCACCAGCAGUUUGAGGAGGAGGAGGAGGAGCUGGAGGAGAUCUGGACCCGAACCCCUGGCCUCCGUCAGAGCAUCUGCUCUGACAUCAUGUACCAGCCCCACCAGGAGGAGGAUGAGGGUGGGCAGGGCCCCCCCCUGGCUGCCCCCAGAGAGCCCCCGUCCCCCAGGACCCAGCCUGGCCUGUACAGGAAGCUGGUCACAGCCUCUGCACCCAACCUCCUGGUGGCUGAGUUCACCCUGCCCUCCUCCGGCCAGCACAGCCCCAGAGCACAGCCCCCUGCCCUGGGGAAGAGAGACAGGAGGUCCUGGGCUGCCUUCCCUGACCACCAGCAGCCCUGCAAGCCCUCAGCACUGGUUAGCGAAACUGCUGCAGACCCAGUGAAGCUACCAGAUAUACAGGACCAGAAAAGAUAUAUUUACCAAUAUAAAGAGGAGGAAGAGGAGGAGGAAGAGGAGGACACAGGCUGUCUGAAGGAGCAGGUGAGUCUGCUGUCUGGUCACAUGACCGGGGUCAGGACCGCUCAGACGAGCCGACCCUCUCAGGACCACGACGCAGAGGAGCAGGAACAGAGGCUGACCACUGGAGGGCGCUGUAACGUCACGAAGGGCUUGGGGGCGGAGCUCCUGUCCAUGGAAGGACCCCUGGAAAGGAAACAGCAGCUGCAACUGGGGGGCAGGAGGGCCUCGUCCCGGGCCUGGGGCUCGCUCCACGCUGUCCUCCACAGACAGACUCUGUGCUUCUACCAGGACAGGAAGGACCUACUGAGGAGUUGUGUGUGCGGGCUGCCCCUGAACCUGGCUGGAGCCGAAUGUGCAGCUGCUCCGGAGUACAGCAAGAAGCCCAACUGUUUCAGUCUGAGGUUGCGUGAUGGGUCAGAGUACCUCUUCAGCGCCUCGUCACAUUUCCUGAUGAGGAAGUGGAUGAUGAAGAUCCAGGCUAACACAGGUCGCUGUGACCCCGUGACCUCAGUGUCUUCACCAGGUGGUCCAGCCCCUCCAGCCCCUCCCACCUCCCACUGUCACUGUCCGGCCCGCCAUGACCUCACUUCCUCUCUUCCACGGGCUGCUCCCAUUGGCUCAGUCCGGACCAAGGAGUUUGUAGUCCUGACCAGAGAGAGUGGAGCGGUGCUGGGUCCUCCCGGCUGGCAGGGGGCGCUGUCCCCACGCUCACACGCUGGCCGUGAUGAAGACCAUCCUGGCUCGCCCAGGAAGAUGGUGACAGGAGCACUGUGUGGGAGUCCCAAGGAGAGCAGUCCAUCCUCCCCUCUCUCUCCUCUCUCCCCUCUCUCUCCUCACUCCCCUCUCUCUCCUCACUCCCCUCUCUCUCCUCACUCCCCUCUCUCUCCUCUCUCUCCUCUCUCUCCUCUCUCUCCUCUCUCCGGCAGCCAUGACGGGCCGAGCCACAAGCGAAGUUCUCACUCCUUCACCUCAGCAACCUAUCAGAAGAUCAAACCUGUGAUGCUGCCCCCUGGAGUCCGAGGAGGGUCCUGCGGCUCCUGCUACUCGGUCACCCUGCUGAUCGGGGACAAGAAGACAGACGUCCAGGCCAGCAGCGCCGUCUCGCCCCGCAGGCUGGACAGGCAGGACUCCCCCCAGGACCCAGCUCCACGCGGCUACGCUAGCCUGCCACGCCCCCGCAACAAAUCAGUCUUCAAGAAGUUCUUUGGGAAGAAAGAUUGAAGUGCCGGAGCUCUGGUUGAGCUCUGAGGAUGUGGGGCUGGACUGUGUGACUGGUUGAGCUCUGAGGAUUCGGGGCUGGACUGUGGGUGACUGGUUGAGCUCUGAGGAUUCGGGGCUGGACUGUGUUUGACUGGUUGAGCUCUGAGGAUGUGGGGCUGGACUGUGGGUGACUGGUUGAGCUCUGAGGAUUCGGGGCUGGACUGUGUGUGACUGGUUGAGCUCUGAGGAUGUGGGGCUGGACUGUGUGACUGGUUGAGCUCUGAGGAUUCGGGGCUGGACUGUGUGUGAAUGUGCAGUGCACAUUUCAGAAGAGGGAAGAACUGACAUUUAUGACAUGCUGUAUUUAUGUUUGAAAGAUAUAUUGUGUGCAAAUCAUUUACAGUUUUUUUGUUUGUUUUUGUUUUGUGUGGUGUUUAGAGUGUGUAAAGUCAUUCGUUUUACUUCUUGGAAAUGAACUCAUGGGAACAUUGUUGUCCCGUAUCCUACCAAAAAAAAAUCAUCAUUCUUCUGUAUAACACAAUGCUUUUCAGUACAGAUGGAUCACUGUAUCCUUAUGACUUUGAGAACCACGCAUUUACAUAGAUACACACUUUCAUGAGAUUAUGCUCACUUCACUCAGUCUACAGUAUAUUCAGACAUGUCUUACACCACUUGCAGGUUUGUGUCUGUUGCAGAUCAAGGAGCAACAUUUCACAUCUAAUAUUUGCGGCAGUUUGAAACUGCCUGGCUUGUUUUGAUACUAUCACUGUACCUCCAUGAUCAGCGUUUGUGCUCUUUGCUAGAAGGUCAAAUAUUAAUAAACUAGUGCAAGAAG